CUAACUCUUCACCAUAAUGCCGAACCUCCACGAUGACGCUUUCAGCGGAGAUCUUACCAGCACUCUGCUCGAGAAGUACCUCAAGGAUGCUGGUCCCUCCGCCUCCACCUUGAUCAACUCUCCCGGGGGAAUGAAGAAGGUCACUCCGCUCGCCGCGGCAUGCUGGGGCGGUCGCCUUGCCGUCGUCCAGCUACUCCUGAAGAACACGUCUCCCAAACUGGACAUCAACUUCGCGGACCCCAACGGACGCACCGCGCUCUUCUUCGCAUGUUCCCGCUCACCGUCUAAGGACAGAGUCAAGAUCGUCGAGGCACUCCUGGAUGCCAACGCGAACGUUGACGUGCAGUUCCCGCAGGACGACAACAGCACGGCGAUCAUGGUCGCCUUAAAGCAGCUCCGUGACAAGGACCUCGUCCAUCUGCUUGUUGAUCGCAACGCGUCGCUAGACUUGGAGAACAGUAAGCGCCAAACAGCGCGCACGAUAGCUAAGGAGGUCGGUAUGGAGCAGGAGCUGUUGUCGGCGGGCCAGAGGAAGGCGAACAGAAACAGCUUCAUCGACUACAUCGUUUCGACCGUGCUGUUCGUGGUGUCGUACAUCAACCUUGGGAUGAUCAAGGACGCUGUGACGGGUGUCAUCGGAAAGAUAUUCAAGCUCUCAGGAAAACGGGACGCGACUGGAGUCAAGGAAGUAGCCAAGGACAUCCUAUCGCCCAAAGUUGCGAAAGAGUUCAAUGAUAAGUUCGACCAGUCCACCAAUCAGAAGGGCCCUGAUCCCCCCGCCGGUCCCGACGCCCCUACCGCAGAGCCUCGUACCGUCAAGGACUUCCAGAAUGUACUUACCGACUACGUGACCGAGUCCGGUCUCAGCAAGUUCUUCCCGCGCGACGAUCCCUUCAUCCAGAAGCUCGCUGGCCGCGCAGCGGCGUUGCGCGAGAACAAGUCGGACCCGCUCGGGAAGCCCGAGAACUUGAAGAAUCUCAUCACCCUCUCGCUGUACCACCCGAUCAUCUACUGCGACGACAGCGGCUCCAUGGCUGCCGACAAUCGGUACAUCAAGCAGCGCGAGCUCGUCUCGCGGAUCGCCCGCGUCGCGACGAAGAUCGUGCCCGACGACUUCGGCGUCGAGCUGCGCUUCAUCAACUCGCGCAUCACGAAGUCAAACAUGACGACGGAGGAGAUUGACCAGACGGUCUCGUCGGUCUCGCCGAGCGGCGGGACGAGGAUUGGGACGACGCUGAAGAACGAUAUUCUGAAGCCGUUCGUGUACGACAGGCUCGCGGAUACCACGAACCCGUUCAAGCGGCCGUACCUCGUGUGCGUCAUCACAGACGGCGAGCCGACGAGCGAGCCGCAGUCGACGUUCAAGGACGCGAUUGUCGAGUGUCGGGCGACGCUCGACAGCAACAAGUUCUACCCCACGUCGGUCAUGUUUUGCGUCAGCCAGAUCGGGGACGACCCCGCGGCGGAGGCGUUCUUGGAUGCCUUGCGCAACGAUGGGUCGAUCCAGGACGUGGUGCACUGCACGGCGGAGAAACUCGACGAUAAAUUCGAUGAGCUGAGGGCAAACGAGGGGAGAUUGGAGGAGUGGAUUCUCAGGCUUUUGACGAAGCCGCUCAUGGGAGAUGAUUGA